UGUGUAUAUUACUCCAAAUGUCUCCGCUUGUUCGCUUCUAUAGAGCUCUGCGGCACUGACAGAGACUGAGUGAGUGGUGCGUUUCAUUCCGUUUAUUUAAUGCCAUCCUAAGGACUCUCUGACAGCUGAGAAAAAAGCCUGGAGUUACAGCGUCAGGAAGCAACUUCUUCAAGGGAAUUAUGAGAAACGUGGAGCUGUGAUUUUUUAUUUCCAAUUGACAGCUGAAAAGUCAGGAGGAGAUGGAGAACAAGGCCAUGUAUCUGAGCACAUAUGAAGAGAGAGAGAGCGGCUCCAUGUAUGAAGAGGCCUACGAUGGACACAACUUGUCCAAACUCAACCUGUGUGAUGAAGGUUCUUGUAAGCGUCGCAGGAAGCAGGAUCAGUGCUGCGCUCACAUGAACUCCCUCUCAGCCAUCAAGUACGCCAUCGUCUCCCUCUACAUCCUGGUUUUUCUCACCAUCUUCGGACUCUGCCUGGCAGUCUCUCGUUCCCAGGUGUCUUCUAAGCGGCAGGAGGUGCUUAUGGAGAACGUGACCCGGAUGUCUGAGCACUCUCGGCUCCUCCAGCCGACCCUGGGCGAGGCGUCCACUCAGGCCGACCUGCUGGAGAACAUCUGGAAAAUGGAGAAUCUCUUCCAGAACCACAGCGACUGGCUGCAGAGGCUGGAGAUCCUCAUCAAGAGCCUGGAGGUGGAGCUGAGGAGCAGCCAGGCUCACUCCCUUCAGUCAGAGGGCUACCUGGUGCAGCUGGACGACAGGUUGUCCUCCCUAAGCAGCUCCACCGGCAGGAACCUGACGGGCUUGAGUGCAGAGGUGUCCCGAGCCUCCACCUGGCUCCAGGACCAGGACCUCCUGUUCAGGGAAACCUCAGGACAGGUGAGCAGGCUGACAGAGAAACUGGACGAGGUCAAUUGGACGGUGGGAGCUGUCAAUCACACCUUCAGCAACGACAUCAGUAUUCACCACGUGAAGAUACAAGACUUGCAGAUCCAGAUCAGCAACAUAACAGAGGACACCAGCAGUUUAUGGGUGACCCACGUCCACACGGAGGCUCAGCUGAGGAACGAGAUGGAAAUCCUCAACACAAUCACAGAGGACCUCCGCCUGAAGGACUGGGAGCACUCCCUGACCCUGAAGAACCUCACCAUAUUUGAAGGACCUCCGGGGCCAAAGGGAGAGAAGGGUGAUACUGGACCACUGGGGCCCCCUGGGGCUCCUGGGUUGACAGGUCUGCGAGGGUUUACAGGAGAAAAAGGGAUCCAGGGCAACCAGGGAAUUAAAGGGUCUGUCGGGGUCAGCGGUUUUCAGGGAGAAAAAGGAGACUUUGGACCUGCUGGUCCCAGAGGUGACAGAGGAGAAAGAGGUUCGAAGGGGGAGAAAGGGGAUCAAGGGGAGAAAACGGUGGACGAGACCCUGGUGCGGCUGGUGAACGGGUCAGGCCCUCACGAAGGUCGUGUAGAGGUUUUCCAUGAACGGCGCUGGGGGACGGUGUGUGACGACGUCUGGGACAAAAAAGAUGGGGACGUGGUGUGCACGAUGCUGGGAUACCGAGGAGUCGCUGAGGUCCAUAAGACCGGACGCUUCGGACACGGUACUGGUCUGAUCUGGAUGGAUGACGUGGCGUGUGAGGGGACCGAAGACACCAUCCACCAGUGUAAGUUUUCUGGCUGGGGCAAAACCAACUGUGGCCACGUGGAGGAUGCUGGUGUGACGUGCAUCGUCUGAAACCCUCACGAUCCUGACACCGCUGCAGCGGCCACGCGUCUCCUCAAACAGUGCCUUCAACUUUCAAGAAGCUACAAGGCGCACACCGUCCUCCCAUCGGCAGGGGUGUCACAUUAGCAGUAUGUUGUUUUUUACCUGCAAGAAAAGUGACAAACUUCCAUGUUGGGCAUGAAUCUGCAGCUUUCUUAGAAGUUCAUGAUUUAACAUUUGAUUGUUUUAGCUACAAGACUGAAUCAUGGGAGCAAGGAAAAGGCUAACAUUUUUGAGCAUCUUUGAGCAACCACAUGAUCUGGGGAUGACGGCGCGACAGGACUCUUCAUCAGACUGAAUUACGGGGCUCACCUGUCUCCAGUGAAGGCCGAAGGUCAGCUUGCAAAGGCUCCAUCUGCCCUCAGAGGCUCGUCUGGGUGCAGGUUUGCUGUUUUGACCUCCGGUGUGGAUUAGAAGCUAAUCCAACAUCUUCACCCUCCCAGAGUCUUCGUUCGUCUUUCAAGUUUCUGAAACGGCACAUAAAGAAACUGACUCAGACAUUGACAAACUGAUUCUUCAUUUACAGGCUGCUGCUCUUCACAGUAUUAUGUAGUAUUGGCUUUUGAGUGAUGAUACACAUACAGUGUUGCCUUACUAUACAUCAUAUAGCAUUACCUAUGAAGCAAUCAUUUGAUGAUUAGCAGGUCAAAAACUGGACUAAAAUUGGGCUACAAUUUCACCUUUUUUAGCUGCUUUUUAAGGUGGCCUGUGGAGUUUUAUGUACACAAACAAAAGUUCUGUUUGCAUUCAGUGUUACUCACCAAAGCACAUUGUGUGUAUCCUUGAGGUCUGACAAAUGUGGAGUGCAUUUCCUUCCUCGUAAAACCUUUGCUCAGCCAAUUUGUUGUAAUAUUUUCAAUCACGCAUUGUUUAUGUCCAUGUUUGCUAGCUAGCAGUCUUCUUCUUCCUUGGCUUUGUUGGCAUUGUGCUUCGUUUCUAUGUGCAUUACUACCGUUAUACCGUUUUUUGGUUAUUUUUAAAAAUCUCCUCUAAUCAAUAUUUUUACAUUUAUAACCAGAGAAUUAUUACUAACAGUACAUCUGUACAGAGUUCUUUGCUUUGUUGUUUUCCAGCUCGCAAAUUACACUUUUAUCUCUAGUAGUUUAUUUUUUCUGUACUCCACAAGGUGGUUUAUACUGAAAAGGAGUGAAAUUACAAAGUUACUAGGUUAUAGAGUUGAAUACUUACCAACUAAUGUUUGCAUGAUUGAGUGACGUACUGUAAAACACACUCACACACACACAGACAGUGUAGCUGACAGCACGACUGAGUGGAAGCCAGGUUUUUAUGUCUCGUCCUGAUGACCCUCAUUCAUCUUGUAGAGGCGUCACAUUCAGCACUUUGGCCGUGGAGGAGUUAUUACUUUAGAGCUCUGCCUUUCUGAAGCAACAGCCAAAGAUAACACCCAGAGCUCCUUCAGUAUAUUUUGGCUUAUUUGUCAUCUCCUCUUUUAACCAGAGAAGCAAGAACAAUAUCAUUGAUUGAAAAUACGUUUGAGCAUGUUUUAUUCCACAGUAUUGAUACCAGCAGGCCUUUGCUAUUCAUUAAUGUUGAACAAUGAAGUAUUUUUAUAGAAGACUAUCAUCUUUAGUAGUGGUCGGUCUCCUCAUCAUCAUAUAAGUGCCAGCAGAUCGGACUUCCUUAAACUUUCUUAGAGGCAGAGUCACAGUUGUACCUCAGUGAGCGGAGUCAAGUAUUUACUGCAAACUUUAUUGACAAAAUAUUAUUAAGAAAUAUUUAUGUCUGGAGCUUUUCGCAUCCAUGACCAUGACAUUUAUGAUUUUGAAUAGUCAGCCUAACAACAACAGCAUAUGUAUAACAUAUUAUGGCUAGAUUGAGCACUAAAAUUCAGUUAGGCCAUUUAGUUACAGAUAAAUUAGGAGAUUAUCAGUUGGAGAUGGGUGCCAUUUCCACUGACUCCGAUUUUUUUUUUUUUUAAAUUCUACGAUCAGUGUCAAGAGCUCAAACGGGACUGGAUAUAGAACAGAUGAUGCAUUUUUUUUUGGUGAAAAAUUGAAGCAGAUUAUUUGGCAAAAUAUGAGGUAAUAAACACCUCUACGUAUGUGUAACAUUGCUGCUUUUGGAGGGAGGUGCACUACAGUGGAUGCUGCAUUUUGUAUGCAGGGAAUAUUCAUGUAGGAUUAACUGUACAGUGGGUUAUACUUUAUGUUUUAAAAAGUAAAAACACAGUUGCUUUGUCCAGUUUUUAGAUUAAAAUACGGAAUUAA